UUAAAAACUUGAUUUGUGAAACAUCCGCGUCACCGAUUCACGUGACUGAAUCCAUUCGGACGUUACGAAGUUAAGAAAAUCGAUUUUUAUACAAGCCACUUCGCCUUAUCUGAUUCCUUACCAUUUAUAAACAUAUCGCACAUGUUACCAUAUUUCAGUCGUAAUAGAAACUUGGAUAAAACAUGGCAAAACAAUCGGACUGGAAAUCAUCAUUCGUUAAGAAUUUAAAACUCGAUCUUCGCACGAAAGAAAAAGCGAGACUAAGUGAUGAUCUUGAAUACUGGAUGACCAAUUUACCAGACCAGAUCAAAUCCCUUCCUAUUAUAUACUUGGCGAUUCCAGGUUCUCAUGACAGUUUUACCGCAAGUCUUUCUGCAAAAUCCGAAAUCGCACCCGAUGCAGAUGAUACACUAAAAAAGCUAAAAUUUCUUGGCCCAAUUCUUACAUAUUUUAUGGCUAACUGGUCCCGAACUCAAGCUUACAGUGCAACUGAGCAAUUGAUCGCUGGAAUAAGAUAUUUCGAUCUUAGAGUUGCUACGAAAGAAGGAACCGAAGACUUUUUUUUUGUACAUGGUUUAUAUUCAGACAAUGUUCAAACAGUUUUAACAGAAAUGCUAAAGUUUUUAGAAUCUCACCCUCGAGAGGUAAUUAUAAUAGAUUUCCAGCACUUUUAUGCUCUUACCGACUCGGAUCAUGACAGACUAAUGCAGAUGUUGAGUAAAACCUUUGGAGCUAAAUUGUUACCCUACUCAGAUCACAUGGAUUUUAUAAGUUUAGAUUACAUGACCACACAAUAUCAGUAUCAGGUAAUUGCUGUUUAUAGAUCAGAUGCGGCUAGAUCUGGGCAACCAUUGUUAUGGCCGUCUGCCAGUUUCCCAACGCCUUGGCCCGAUACCGUUUCCAUGGACGAUUUAUUCACGACACUUGAUGAAGGAAUUAAAACUAGAUCAUCAGCUGUAGGAUUUGUAUCACAAUGCAUAUUAACACCAUCAGUUUCGUUCAUAAUUAAAAAUUUAUGCAAUACGCUGAAGAAAACGUGCGCUGAGGACUUGGAAGUACGAAAACUGCAAUGGAUAAAUAACCAAAAAUCUGGAGAAGGUGGUAUGAAUAUUGUUAUCUCAGAUUUCAUUGACUUGUCUGACUGUGAAUUUGUUAAGGUUGUUAUUAACUUAAACGAACAAUUCUUAAGCGACGCCAUAAAACCUUCUGAUUUUGUUAUAGACAUUGAAAAAAAUAUAUAUUAAUAAAUUGUU